UAGAACCUCCAAAGAGGCACGAUCCAGCAAUCUAGACUCUGGAGUUAACCGUGGCGGAUUUGCGAAGCGGCCAGGCAAUGAUAGGAGGCGAUGACGCCCACUGGCUCCAGUCUGGUAAUCUAAAUCACGAGGUCAACAUUUAUCGACUGUUAGCACCAACACAUUUCCAUCACUCAAAAAGAAACCCGCCAUCGUAUCGACUGGAACUAUGAGCAGCCUCGAGUCUGCGAUUGCAGGCGAUGAUGCGUCUCAUGCUGUCCCGAGUCAGGGACCAGGGGCCGCUCCUACCGGAUCCGGGUCGCAAGGUGCCUCGGCCAAACCUGACGAGGACAUCACUUCCCUCAUCGAAGACCACAUCAUCCCAAAGCUAGACCCAGAAUUCCUCCGAUACUUCGCCAAGCACCACGUACCAGCUCCCCAGCCUAACAUCCCCAUUGAGCAUGUCCGCGCCAAUCCGCAAGCAUUCCGGUCGCCUUGCGCACUGGACACGUCUGGCUACCCGGGGGUUACCGAGGACAGUUUUGCUUCGACGCGAGACGAUAAUGUUCGGAUUCCUGUCCGAGUUUACUAUCCGGACGAGGCAAGGCAUGGGCCUGGGCCUUAUCCGGUGCAUCUGAACUUUCACGGCGGUGGAUUUGUCCUCGGCGACUUGGACACGGAGGGUGCCUUGUGUCUGCGUAUGCGAGAGGCAGGUGUCGUGGUGGUUGAUGUAGCCUAUCGUCUCUGCCCAGAAACUGUCUGGGGGAAAUGCUUUCAAGACGCAUGGGAUGCUCUGAAUUGGGUCCGCGAUUCAUCAACCACCCUAUACAUUAACCCCUCAUCGCUCUCCAUCGGCGGUAUCUCCGCCGGGGCGCACAUCUCUCUCGUCCUGCAACACCUCGCUCGCGACGCGGGGAUCCCCCUGAAACUCUGCAUGGCCUCAGUCACACCCGCCACUGACGCCCUCACCUACACCUACUACACCGACUCGCCCUUCCCCUCCUUCCACGAAUUCCACCGCGGCCCCGUCCUACCCUGGGCACGCAUCAAGUUCUUCGGCCAGACCUGCAUGCCACGGGACACCCUUCCCUCGCUACGUCAGCAGUGGCCAGACUGGUGGUUCGCGCCGCUCCGCGCAGCCAACUGGACCGGGUUAUGUGAUUCGUUCAUCCGGACCGCCGAAGCUGACCCUUUGAGAGAUGAGGGCGAGGCAUACGCCAUGAAGCUCGUCGCGGGCGGGAACAGGGUUACCAUCAAGAGGUAUCUGGGCUGUCCGCAUACGUUCAUGUAUCUGGAUUGUAUGAGCAAGAAGCAUGAGUACGACCGGGAUGCCGUGGACGCGUUGCGGGCUGCGCAUGGACUCAUCUGACGGAUUAGCGAGUGCCAUGAGUAUCGCCGGUGCUACAUUGAGCCCUGAGCCAACCCAUAUUGCUUCUGUGUGAGCAGAGCGAGCCCAAUGCACUCGUGCUAUUACGUCGGAGGCAUCGGCCGUUGGGUGGUUCUAUUCGGUGAGACUAUCGAGGAUCACCAGGGACAAUACUAGUGAUCAUGAUGGACGCCUUUGUUAUAUCAGCUGUUACAACCGGUACCUAACAUAUCAUCAGGUCAAGCGAAUAGCAUCCAAUCGUAAGCCAUCUUUUCCAACCACUACGAUAUCCCCUCUUCCUUCAAGCCCGCCAAGACUUAACAGCUUCACCGAGCAUCCUCCUUGAGCUCAGUCACCGCCCCUUUAUGUUCAACAUCAGGGUGAG